GCUCUCUGCCCCCACACUCCCUUCCCUCCACUGGGGUGACUGCUGUCCUGCUGUGCUUUGGUGCUGCAGGUUAAUUCUCAUACCCCUAUCCUCCUAGGGCUUCAGAGGUUCUCUGCGGGGUCUGUGCCCUGGAACUGGAGACCCACGAUGAAGGCCUGGGGUGUCCUCUGGAUCAUGCUUGGAUUGCUGCUGUGGCCAGAGCCAGAGACAGCCUCCCCCUUGCCCCUGGUCAUGGACUCCGUCAUCCAGGCCCUUGCUGAACUUGAGCAAAUGGUACUGCUGGCUGAGGCCAAUGUCACUGCUUCUGCAAGGAUUCUUCUGUCAGCCAAGAACUCCAGCGCCCACAGUUCUCUUCACCAGCACUUGCUGCUGAAGGCACCAAGACACAGCACUACAGAGCCAGAUCCUCACUCCCUCCGCCCGGAGCUUCAAGCCCUGAUUUCUGAGGUGGCCCAACAUGCCGUACGGGAUGGGCAGGAAUAUGGAGUGGUGCUGGCACCUGAUGGCUCCACUGUAGCCGUGAAGCCUCUGCUGGUUGGGUUAGAGGCCGGUCUACAGGGGCACAGUGUUGCUAACCUGCCUUCAGAUUGCCUGGCCAUCCCCUGUGAUACUGGAGACACCUUGACCAGUAUUGGAGCCACUUGGCCAGGACUCAUGGAUGCUUUUACAAAUGCGUCUUCUCCAGAUGUUGGAGCCACUUUGCCAAAUGACAAAGCCAAGACUCCCUCCACUGUGGAGAGACUCCUGGCAGUCGCCUUGGCUGGUGACGUAGGUCUGACCUUCCUCCAUAGGUCCCAGACUGGGAGUCUUCCCGGUCUGGGAACUGAGGGCUGCUGGGACCAGCUUUCUGCACCCAGGGUCUUCACACUGUUGGAGCCCACGGCAUCCAGUCUCACCAUGGCGUUCCUCAACGGUGCCCUGGAUGGAGCUCUCCUUGGGGACCACUUGAGCCGAAGCCCUAGGCCCCACCCACCCCUCAGCCACCUGCUGAGAGAGUACUACGGAGCUGGGGUGAAUGGAGACCCAGCGUUCCGAAGUAAUUUCCGAAGGCAGAACGGGGCUGCUUUGACUUCAGCCCCAACCCUGGCCCAGCAGGUGUGGGAGGCCUUUGUCCUGCUGCAGAAACUGGAGCCAGGACACCGACAGCUGCAGAACCUGAGCCGAGAACAGCUGGCUCACGUAGCCACCUUUGCUACCAAGGAGUUCACUGAGGCUUUCCUGGGAUGCCCAGCCAUUCACCCCCGCUGCCGCUGGGGAGCGGCGCCCUACCGAGGCCACCCGACGCCGCUCCAGCUGCCACUUGGAUUCUUAUAUGUGCACCACACAUACGUGCCAGCGCCACCCUGCACCACCUUCCGGAGCUGCGCCGCUGAUAUGCGCUCCAUGCAACGUUUCCACCAGAAUGUGCGCCGCUGGGAUGACAUCGGCUACAGUUUCGUGGUAGGCUCCGACGGCUAUGUGUACCAGGGCCGUGGCUGGCACUGGGUAGGUGCGCACACGCGCGGCCACAACUCCCGCGGCUUUGGUGUGGCCUUCGUGGGCAACUACACUGGGUCACUGCCCAGCGAAGCUGCGCUGAACACGGUGCGGGACCUGCUCCCGAGCUGCGCAAUUCGCGCCGGUCUCUUGCGGCCAGACUACAAGGUGCUGGGCCACCGCCAGCUGGUGCACACCGACUGCCCCGGGAACGCGCUCUUCAACUUGCUGCGCACCUGGCCUCACUUCACUGUGGUUGAAAACUAAGAACUCCUUUGAGGGACCCUUGAAGAUCCAGGAGGCACUAUCCCUGACAAUCCUUGGAGCAACCUCAGACCUCCAAUAAAGGGACCACUGAAAGGAAAUCUCUAUAAGAAUCCUCUUCCUGAGAGACCAAAAUGCAAGCAAAGUGUGUGUGGCUCAGUGGGAGAGCACCUAGUUGACAAGCAAGAGGUGUUUGGUUUGGUUUGGUUUAGUUUUCAUGACCGAGUUUCUCUCUGUAGCCUUGGCUGUCCUGUAACUCCCUCUGUAGACCAGGAUGGCCUCAAACUCACAGAGAUCUGCCUGCCUCUGCCUCCUUAGUGCUGGGAUUAAAGGUGUUGCUACCACUGCUGAUCCAAGGCUCUUGAUCCUUACUCGAGCAUUACAACAUAGGAAAAGCUAGGUAUGGGAGCUCAUACAUGUAAACAUAGCAGAUAGAGGACGGACUUCUUGGAAGCUGUGGGUAUUAGGGACUGACACCUGGUGACAAUGAACACUGGAGAGUCAGGAUGACAAAAAUGGAGGCGCUUUACUUUACGACCUUGUAAGGUAGCAUGCCAAUAAAACUGGCAAUGGUGCCCAUUGGGAGAAAAACUGUCCUUUAAAAAAAAAAAGGUCCUAAUCAAAAUUCCUUUCCUUCCCCUCCCCCACCCUCUUUGCUGCAUGUUAUCUGAGUUCCAUUGUCUGUUCAUUUCCCCCUUUAUCAGUGUAUGCUCUUGGUCAUGAUCAAUGUAUGCUCUUGGUCAUGAUCAAUGUAUGCUCUUGGUCAUGAUAUAGCAAGCGGCCAGUAUCCUCUCAUCCGGAGAUAGAUAACCUUUGGUUUGAAAAGAAAGUUAGCUAAAAGGCCAGACAAGAAGAAGACACAAGCUGUUAGGGCAAAGAAGCCAAAGCCUUACUUACCUGAAACCGAAGCCCAUCUAAGGGGCUUUUGUAUUGAAAAACGGACAGUGUGUUUUGUUUCCCACCAAGGCUAGAGGCUAACUUGGACUACAGUGAAAUCCAGAAAGGAAAAACAAAUAAAUGAGUUUCGGUACAAAAUGGUGGUUUGGAGGCAACCCUAGAACUUACCUAUCGGGGAGUAAGAAGGCGCAGCCUGGAGAACAAAAAUCACUAGGGAAGCAGCCAAGUGGGCAAGCGGCUCCCACUGCAGACAAGCAGAGCUCUUGUUGUAUCCACUUGGCUAUCUUGUUGUGUCCUCCUUGCUAUGGAAUCUUGGAUAUAGGAUAGGACAGGGGCCCACAGUGAACGAGUGGAUACCAAGCCUGUCUUCUACAGAAGACAGCACCAAAAAGACCCUUCCUGUCAGCCUCGAGACUAAGAGGCAGAGAACCUGGGUUGCGGGUAGAGGGCCACUCUCAGGAAGUGUUAGCUUAAUGGCACAUUGGGGUUGUGUUCCACAUAGUGAACGCAUGGGAUCCCAUUUUCUUAAAAAAAAAAAAAUUACAUUAAAAACAUAGCCUGAAGCUGUAACUCAGGGAUAGCACUUGCCCAGUGUACUGGGGGCCCUGGGUUUCAUCUCCAGCUCUAGAAAAAGGAAGGAAAAGAAAAGGUGAAAAGGGGAAAUUUUGGGAGUGGCCCAGCGCGCAGCAACUACUAACACUGGAGAACUCUGGAGAGGCUUCGGUAGAUCAGCACGAGGAUCUGAGUUCAAAUCGCCGCUACUCGCUUAAAAGCCGGGUGCUUCUGUAACCCUGGCGCUGUGAAGGGUGGACGCAGGAGGAUUGCUGAGGCUUGGUGACUGCCUGCCAAACUCCAAAUCUGAUAGACUAUCUCCAGAGGAUAAGGCAGAGAAUGGCGGAGCGUAACAUUUGAGAACAUCCUCUUCCAACCUCUGUGGCUGAUCCCUGCCCCAAACCCCCAACCCCCAACCCCAGUCAAUCUGGCAGAACGUGGAGGAGCUCGGAUGCAAGAGCGGCUGGUUUGAGCGAGGUGGGCCUGGCUACGGUAUAUCCAUACGAGGUCAGGAAUCUCGGGCUCUACCCGAGCAGUUGUUGGCUUUACGAACCACCCCAUCCCUCCACUACUCUGGCGAUGAUGCACCUCAUAGCCGAAUGUUUGCCUUGCACAUCUGAGGCCUGGGGGGUCCACUUCCAGUAUCACAAAUGAAGAGCUGAUUAGUCAUUCUCUAGCAUACAAAUAUUCCAUAACGUCAUAUGGUACCCAGUAAAUAUAUACACCCAUAACUUGUCAUUUUAAUAAAAUAUGGCUGACUGAGAUAGCACGCACCUUUAAUUUCAGUUUUUGGGAGUCAGAGGUAGGCAUUUCUCUGUGAAUUUGAGAACAACCUUCUCUACCAAGCAAGUUCCAGUCCACCUAUAGCUACAUAAUGAGACCCUAGCUCAAAUUUUAAUCA